AUGAGCUUCCAACAAUUCGGCGACUCUUUCCAGGGUCAGCAACCCGAGGAAUCUGGCGCUCCUGCCGCCCAGCCCCAGCAGCCCCCUAUGGGUCAACCCAUUGAGUCCCAACAGGGCCAAUUCCCUCCUACUCCUUCCGGCGCACCUGGAUCCGCACCCGGCCCUGGCUCUCAGUCGGGUGGCGAGCCCAAGACCACUUUGUGGUAUGUUGAAUGCUGA